AUGUCUUAUGAAAAAAUUACCAGAAAUUCAGCUGUUCCGGAAAUGGAUCUGUUUGCAUUAACAAUAGAUACUAAAUGCAGUCUGCAUUGUUCUCAGCAUCAAGAACCAGAUGCAUUUUGUAUUGAUGCAUUCACUUUAAAUUGGAUAGGAGUGAAAGAAGAGGCAGUUAGUCUUCUCCUAAACUCGAUUACUGAAUCUAAUCUUAAACAAUACAAUAAAUCUAUUAUUGGUAUUAUUUUUCCAAAUCACAAGAAUUUGACUUAUAUAAGCCAAUUAACUGAGGGUCAGGUUGCGGACUGGUUAUCUGAAAAAUUUCAUCAAGGUGCUUCUUAUAGUUCUGUCAAUACCUAUCGUUUGGCUCUUUCUUUAAUUUGUGGGGAAUAUAUUAGACAGAGUCCUUCACUAUCUCGUCUGUUAGAAAGAAACCCAGUAAACUGUGGUAUAUUGAAUGAAUGUACUCCUCACAGCAUCAGACAUGCUUCAACAUCAUCAACUUUAGCUAAAGGAGUCGAUUUCUUCUUUGUCAAAAAUCUUGCUGGCUGGUCAGAAAACUCAAAGGUUUUUGAAAAAUUUUAUAAUAGACCGUUUGUUCAAGAUCCAAGUAUAUUUGCUAAAAGUAUUUUCCAUCGCAACGCACUCUCUGAUACUCCGCAUCAUGGUUCGUGGAAAAGCAAAUGUGAAAAAAAAUAUAAAACAGCUGAAAUAAGACGAUAA